CAGUUGCGGUCCUUGGCGCGUAGACGAUAAUAUCUCCAAGACUCAAUAGAAGAGGAAGAAAGAUGGCUGUGCUGCAUUCUGCUUGUGUUGCCGGAAUCCGCUGCUUCACUCCUACUACAGAUACAUGGAACACUUGCAGAUUGAUUAGUUCACAUAAACACUCAAUGGAAGCUAGUAAUGGUAUUAAGGAAAUCCAAUUGGCCCAGAAGUCUUCUUAUGCAAGUAUUGGUCUUGGUUCCUCUACGCCGUCGUCUUCAGGGACGUACGGCAAGUCGAAGAGGGUGUGGGUGUGGACGGAGAGCAAGCAGGUCAUGACGGCUUCUGUGGAGAGAGGCUGGAACACCUUCAUCUUCUCUUCUCGAAGUCGUGAACUUGCCGAUGAGUGGUCCUCAAUUGCUUUGAUACAUCCUCUCUUUAUCCAAGAGGGAGCGAUUUUUGAUGGCGAGAACAGAAGUGUUGCCACAAUUCUUGAGGUCUCCAAUCCCCAGGAGUUAGAGCAGCUUCAGCCGGAUAAAGGGUUGGGGGAAAAUGUUGUUGUUGAUUUACGAGAUUGGCAGGUCAUACCUGCAGAGAAUAUAGUUGCAGCAUUUCAAGGGAGUGAAAAAACAGUGUUUGCCAUCUCGAAAACCCCUUUGGAAGCACAAGUCUUCUUUGAGGCCCUCGAGCAAGGUCUGGGUGGAGUUGUUUUAAAAGUUGAGGAUGUAAAAGCUAUUCUUGACUUAAAGGAUUAUUUUGACAGACGAGAUGAAGUGAGCAACAUAUUGAGCUUGACCAAAGCCACUGUAACUUCAGUACAAGUAGCUGGAAUGGGGGAUCGAGUUUGUGUUGAUCUCUGUAGUCUCAUGAGACCUGGGGAAGGACUGCUUGUUGGAUCCUUUGCCAGGGGACUAUUCCUCGUUCAUUCGGAAUGCUUGGAGUCCAAUUACAUUGCGAGCAGGCCUUUUCGUGUCAACGCGGGACCUGUACAUGCCUAUGUUGCUGUUCCAGGAGGAAAAACGUGCUACCUCUCAGAGUUGAAAUCAGGUAAAGAGGUGAUUCUGGUUGAUCAGAAAGGCCAUCAACGAACAGCGAUUGUUGGGCGUGUGAAAAUAGAAACUAGACCGCUAAUCCUUGUGGAGGCAAAGCUCCAGAGAGAUUCAGUUAAUCAAACUCUAUACAGCAUCCUUGUACAGAAUGCGGAAACAGUGGCCUUAGUUUGUCCCAGCAAAGGAAUUGAAGUGCAAAACACUGCCAUUCCUGUGACUUCACUUAAAGUUGGAGAUGAAAUUUUAGUUAGAUUACAGGGAGGGGCUCGGCAUACGGGAAUUGAAAUUCAAGAAUUCAUUGUGGAGAAGUAAGAAACGAAGAUGACACAAAGGUGAAAUUUGUUGAGAAUUUUCCAAGUGAUAACUAGAUCAAUUUUUUGGUCUUGAGGUUGCUUUUGUAAUAAUAUUGUGGCCCUGUUUCUACUCCAGCCCAACUUUUAUUUUCAAGGUUUGGUUCUUCUA